CAGACACACGCACACACACACACCUGUGGGACGGUUCCCAAAAGGAUGCAUCUCAUUACGGAGAUAUUCACAAUUACUUUUUAGAUAAAGGAAUGUGUGUUAACAAUAACUUUGUUGGAGGAAUAACAGAAGAAAAGGUCCUCUGAAUUAAGGGAGGAUCAAAAGCAAGGACAGUAUUUAAACAGCUCUUUCAGUGUCCUCCAGCAGCUGUUUUUCUGUGGCUAGUACAGUUACGUCACAUGAAAUCGUGGUCUGAGCCAGUGAAACGCGUUUGUUAACGGCUGAGUUGCGCUCAGCUGGAUUUCAAUGAAAACGGGAGCUCGCGCUGGGGGGCUGACAGACCGGUUACCGCGCUCCAUCCGUGAUGACCGCAUUUCUUCGGGGCACCGCGGGCGCUGGAGCUUAUUGAUGCGCGCGCUCGUCGCUCGCUCCCUUUUGAGUCGUUCUGUGAGAGCAAGACGUGCUUGUCCGUUCCUUCCGCCAGACUGCUGAAAAAAGAGAGAGCUGGAGAGGAAAAGAGGGAAAAUUAAGAGUACCGUGUGAGUGAAUCAUCCCGGAAUCCAUAUUUAAAAAAGGAACCGUGAAGGCAUGUAAACGCGCAAAGAGGAGGAAGCAGACGAGGCUCGUUUUUAGGGAACUAUUGAAUUCACGGUAGAUUUGAAGCGAUGAUACAACGUAAGGGAAGCGGUACGAUGAGCGUCAUAAGCGGCAACGCGAACUCCACCGUCGUGCAUCCUCCCGGUGGCCGGAGCCGCGGAGACGCGCGUUACCCGCAGCACCAGCCCCACCAGAGCGGCUCGAUGGUAAAGCCCCAAAACGAGCCCGCGGAGCUGGUCAAACGAGCUCUGGAUUUUAAGACGCAGGGCACACAGUGCUACAAGGACAAAAAAUACCGCGAGGCCAUCGGCAAGUACCACCGCGCGCUGCUGGAAAUGAAGGGUCUGUGUCGCGUGCUCGGGGACCCAGACACCAGCAAGUCUCCGUCCACCGUCCUGACCACCAUCAGCAAGUCCAGUCUGACGGACGAGCAGAAAGGCGCGGUGGAGAACGCGGAGCUGGAGUGCUACAACAGCCUGGCAGCUUGUCUGUUGCAGAUGGAGCUGGUGAAUUAUGAACGAGUGAAAGAGUACUGUCUGAAGGUUUUGAGAAAGGAGGGCGAGAAUUUUAAAGCUCUGUAUCGCUCUGGUGUGGCGUAUUAUCAUCUGGGAGACUUUAACAAAGCCCUGCACUACCUGAAGGAGUCACACAAACAACAGCCCACAGACACAAACGUCAUCCGUUACAUCCAGCUCACGGAAAUGAAAAUCAGACGAAAUGCCCAGAGAGAGAAAACAGAAGUUCCGUAAAAACAAACAAACAUGAAAAAAGCACCCCCCGCUUGACUAGCUAUUCACUGCGGACACCCCACACUCCUCUCAUCGCACUCUCAGUGGACGAGGUUCGGCAUUUUCACGGCAGACUUUAUUCCAGCGCGGGUCAACACACCUGUCUCAGUCCUGUCAGAAACAGACUGAAAAGCUGAAUCAGGUGUGCUGUGCCCUGGGUAGAUCGUGUGUGGAGACCAAGAAUGGAGGAUUUCAGCUGCAUUUAUUAUAGCUUUCCAAGUACAGUAGUGCUGUCAAAAUGUUUGCUUUCAGUCCUCGGUUGUAUUUCAGUACCGAAAAAUGAACAGAUGUCGCUGGUCUCUCAAGUUGGUUGAUCUGACGUUAUGCUCCACAAAACACCCUCAGAUCAUCUUGUGGCUAAUAGUUUACACAUUCCUGCAGCUUUUUUCUGUGUUUUUUCAUAUUGCUUCCAGAUUAUGGCAAAGAUGUUUUCAUUAGAGGUGAUUUCUGAAUCAGUUUUGCUGUGAACACCUGAAGCUCCAAGUGCAAUUAAGUGUCACUACUAGUCUCAUAUUCCACCUAUUCUUCACUGAAAACCCACAUUCAAAUCGCAGUGGGAAAGAUCUUAAAUUACACAAGUGGGAUUAAUUGUUUAAAUACACACACACACAUUCUUGUACGGUAUAUGUGGUUUAUGAGGACUCUUCACAGGUGUAAUAUAUUUUAUACUGAAAACAUGUAUUAUAUUGCCUUACCCUACUCCUACCCCUAAACCCAACCCUCAGAGGAAACCUGUGGCAAUUUUGUGAAUGUCAAACGUCCCUGUUAAGAAUGGCUGUGCAAUAUGACGAUAUACAGUAUAUCAAAUGCAACCCAGGCUCAGUAUCGAUAUGUACCCCUGUAUACAUUUCUGCAGAUCGCGAAAUAGAUCCUGGGAGAUAUGUUUUUUUGCAGUUUUUGUUCUUGCAAAUCCACCAACGGCCGCUGUGUACGCUUUUUCAGAUCUCAAAUUUUUCUUGCUAGUGCCAUUUUUCGCCUGCUUUUCUUGCGUAAAUCCACUAGAGGCCGCUGUUCACUGACUGACUGACUGACCAACCGAUGACCCCCCCACCCCCUUCUCUAAACCAAACCGACAGUGUUUUUUAAAAAGCAAUCCAGAAAAAGAAAAUCCCUCGUGGCUAGCUGAUUUUUACCAUGUUUUUAGACCCUACCAUGUUCUUACCCUGUUAUUUACUUGUUUAUUUUAUUUUUUACCUGCUUUCUGGAACCGUUCUUUACCGGAUUUGAACUCCGUCGUCAUUGUCAACUCCUCUGUUGUAUUUAGUGAGCCACUGGGUAAACUGGUAGCAGAGGAAAAGCCAUCCACAUGGAGGUAUGUGGUCAACUAGUAGC